GCAGGGAAGGCGGCGGCUCGCGCCUCCCGCGCCCACCGGAGAGGGGGCACCCGGCGGGGCGGGGCCGCGGCGCGACUGCACCAAGAUGACAGCAGCAACUCGACAAGAAGUUCUUGGCCUGUACCGCAAGGUUCUGCAAAUAGCCAAAAACUGGCAGUCAGCAUCAGGACAGAUAGAGGAAACCCUGAGAGAGAAAGAGUACAUUAGAAAUGAAGCCAGAACAUUAUUCCGAAAAAACAAAAACGUAACAGAUCCAGAGCUGAUUAAGCAGUGCAUAGAAGAAUGUGAGGCAAGAAUAGAAAUUGGACUUCACUAUAACAUCCCUUACCCGAGACCUAUCCACCUGCCUCCUAUGGGCCUUGCCCAUAAACAAGGCCGUGCCCUGCGACACCAGGAAAAGCUGAGGAAGAUUUCUAAGCCCAUAUACCUGAAAUCCCAUGAUGAAGUUUCAUAAGCCAGCAUUUAAACUGUGAUGUGCAAAUCCUUUAAACUGUGAACUGCCAUCCAGGUGAUUUGUGUGCACACUGUGAAUGGUGUGGUCACUUGCUCACACAUUUCCUGAGGCCAAAAAGCCAAUUGAUCCACUGUGUACAAUGGGCUACCAGUUGUUUUGGCUCCUUUGCAGUCCUCUGACUUUAGCAGGCUGUUGGCUUGUUCUCUACAGGGGAGUUAGGGGAGCCUUCCAUCCUUUAGGCUGGAAAUACCAGUGAGACCAAGCUUGGACAAGAGCCACACUGUACUGGACACUACCUAAGCACAGUCCACAGCACUUUAAGGAGAAGCUAUUCCAGCCUGACAUUAACAGUGGCAAAAUAAAGCAAAUUUGAAACAUG